GAUCGGUCAUUUGUAGAGUUUCAGGCACCAUUUGACUAAAGGAGGUCUCCAGAGAAUCGGUUACAUGACGAGUCAAUGGAACGGACUCGGUGGAAAAUCCCUUCAAAUCAACACGGCCAGUUUCAGACCAGAGAGUUGACUGCAGGAAGCACGAUCUGAGUUGGGGCGUGAAUUUCCAGCCUGAACUCUGCUCCUUUAAUGGAACCUCGCAGCAUUCCGUCAGUACAGUUCAUUACAGCAGAGGUCGGGCAGGGACACUCAGCAUUCCGUCAGUACAGUUCAUUACAGCAGAGGUCGGGCAGGGACACUCAGCAUUCCGUCAGUACAGUUCAUUACAGCAGAGGUCGGGCAGGGACACUCAGCAUUCCGUCAGUACAGUUCAUUACAGCAGAGGUCGGGCAGGGACACUCAGCAUUCAGUCAGUACAGUUCAUUACAGCAGAGGUCGGGCAGGGACACUCAGCAUUCCGUCAGUACAGUUCAUUACAGCAGAGGUCGGGCAGGGACACUCAGCAUUCCGUCAGUACAGUUCAUUACAGCGGAGGUCGGGCAGGGACACUCAGCAUUCCGUCAGUACAGUUCAUUACAGCAGAGGUCAGGCAGGGACACUCAGCAUUCCGUCAGUACAGUUCAUUACAGCAGAGGUCGGGCAGGGACACUCAGCAUUCCGUCAGUACAGUUCAUUACAGCAGAGGUCGGGCAGGGACACUCAGCAUUCAGUCAGUACAGUUCAUUACAGCAGAGGUCGGGCAGGGACACUCAGCAUUCCGUCAGUACAGUUCAUUACAGCAGAGGUCGGGCAGGGACACUCAGCAUUCCGUCAGUACAGUUCAUUACAGCGGAGGUCGGGCAGGGACACUCAGCAUUCCGUCAGUACAGUUCAUUACAGCAGAGGUCGGGCAGGGACACUCAGCAUUCCGUCAGUACAGUUCAUUACAGCGGAGGUCGGGCAGGGACACUCAGCAUUCCGUCAGUACAGUUCAUUACAGCAGAGGUCGGGCAGGGACACUCAGCAUUCCGUCAGUACAGUUCAUUACAGCGGAGGUCAGGCAGGGACACUCAGCAUUCCGUCAGUACAGUUCAUUACAGCAGAGGUCGGGCAGGGACACUCAGCAUUCCGUCAGUACAGUUCAUUACAGCGGAAGUCGGGCAGGGACACUCAGCAUUCCGUCAGUACAGUUCAUUACAGCGGAGGUCGGGCAGGGACACUCAGCAUUCCGUCAGUACAGUUCAUUACAGCGGAGGUCGGGCAGGGACACUCAGCAUUCCGUCAGUACAGUUCAUUACAGCGGAGGUCGGGCAGGGACACUCAGCAUUCCGUCAGUACAGUUCAUUACAGCGGAGGUCGGGCAGGGACACUCAGCAUUCCGUCAGUACAGUUCAUUACAGCGGAGGUCGGGCAGGGACACUCAGCAUUCAGUCAGUACAGUUCAUUACAGCAGAGGUCGGGCAGGGACACUCAGCAUUCCGUCAGUACAGUUCAUUACAGCGGAGGUCGGGCAGGGACACUCAGCAUUCCGUCAGUACAGUUCAUUACAGCAGAGGUCGGGCAGGGACACUCAGCAUUCCGUCAGUACAGUUCAUUACAGCGGAGGUCGGGCAGGGACACUCAGCAUUCCGUCAGUACAGUUCAUUACAGCAGAGGUCAGACUGGGACACUCAGCAUUCCGUCAGUACAGUUCAUUACAGCGGAGGUCGGGCAGGGACACUCAGCAUUACGAAUCAUUACAACGCCGGGGGGUUCCGUCACAGGAGCAGAGUUCAGGCCGGGAGAUCAUGCUCCCACACAACACAUGCUUCCCACAGUCAACCUGCUGGUCUGAACCUGGCCUAAGAGAGAGAAUAUUGUGGCUUGUAACCCCGGGUGGUACGAGCCAUCAGAGGAGACCGCGGUACAACUGCGUCUCCUUCAUUUUUAUAAAAUUUCAAAUUUCUGCGUUAUAACUCGAGAAAAAUCAUCAGCAAACGAUAAUUUACAGCAAAAAUCAGCAGAAAAAAACAGAAAGAAAGGUCUGUACAUUAUAUAUAAAUCUACACAAAAUGAGAGCGCCCCCAACUGGAUACAGCAAGAAGCGCCUGCCAACUACUAAUAAAGUUUAAAUAUUCAAAAGCCAAAAGGUAAAUCACAUUCCAGCAAAUAAUUGUGGACAUUUCUGUGUAAAACUGAGUGUAAAUCCUUUACUUGUCUGAUACUGGUGGUAUACUCCAGUCAUAGCAAGAGCUGCAGCCACAAGUCUACUGUUAUAUCACGUCUUAUACUCCAGUCAUAGCAAGAGCUGCAGCCACAAGUCUACUGUUACAGCACGUCUUAUACUCCAGUCAUAGCAAGAGCUGCAGCCACAAGUCUACUGUUAUAGCACGUCUUAUACUCCAGUCACAUCCAGAGCUGUAGCCACAGGUCUACUCUUAAAGCACGUCUUAUACUCUAGUCGCAUCCAGAGCUGCAGACACAGACUUAUAGUCAGUCAUGUGCACAGCUGCAGCUGUAAUUUUGCUUACAUUAUGUCUCAUACUCCAGUCACUACCAGAGCUGCAGCUACAAUUCUAUUACCUUAUUCUCCAGUCACUACCGACUAUUGCAUCGUGUUUUAUACUCCAGUUACA